AUGCCGUGCAAGAGCAUCUUGCCCUCCUCGGCCGCCGUCUCUGUGCUGGCCUAUGGCUUGGGGAGCCGGCUGCGGCGGCGACUCUAUUUUGCGCAGCUUGUGGACUGUGGCGGGGACAAGCAGCUCUUUUGCUCGUCGGCGCUCGGCCGGCCCAUCCUCGCCACCACGGUUAUGAAGCGGUUCUUUGGCGCGCCCGACUCAGCGUCGGUGCGCGAGGUGUGCGCCGACGCCGGGCUGGACCCGGCGCCCUAUGCGCCAAUGUGUGCGGUGCUCGACGGCAUGCUGGUCAUGGACAAGCCAGCUCGUCUUGGCGCCUCCAAGGCCCUCGCCGCCCUGCUGGGCCGCACUCCGACGCUGGCGUCAGCCAGGCACGACCGCGCCAGGGACCUCACAGGUGUUUAG